CGCUUCUAGGCGCCGUGUACGAGGAACACAUACUACGCAGUAGCAGCAAACACAGAGCUGAGCUGAUACAACUCGUGUGAUUGAGAGUUUAUAUACAAGUUGUCGCUUGUUGCGGAUUAGCAUCUACAUUCGUUCCUUGGCAUCUAGUGACUGAGUUCGUUAGUCAUAAUUAUAGAGAGAGAGACGUCCUGAUUAGGCGUUUCAUUGUUAUUUGAUUCACUCUUCCUUGUGCUUCAUCUUCUUCGGUCUUCAGGGAUCCGCUUGUGAUCUCACUGUCGUUGUCCUCUCUCUGUCUCUCUCUGUCUCUCUCUCUCUCUCUCUCUCUCUCUCUCUCUCUCUCUCUCUCUCUCUCUCUUCGAUCUUCGACUUUAAGUCAACGGUUUGGAAGGGAGUACGAUCCGCCGCGUCGUUGUAUCUUCGACUUAUUAUCGCAGAAGAGAGAGGAGAGAGGAGGUCGUGAAGAAGAAGUGGAAGAAGAUGGCUAUGGCGUCUCUUAGCCAUGGUUGUGAUCACAGCCGUUGUGGUAUCCGCCGUCGCUCUAUUGUCUCUGUCUUCUUGUGCGCUUUGGUAAUCCUCUGUCUCGCAGGAUCGGUCUCCUCGUCGCCGUUUUCCUCGUGGUUUGUUCACCGGCGAGCGUUGGCCGGCGGUCAUCGCCCAAUCGAUGAGACGAGUUCUCGACAGAAUCUGGGAACUGCUAAUGAUAAUGAUAAUGAUCAUGCUGCUGACGCGACUCUUGUGGGAGAGGGCGAAGAGCUGAUCGAAGAAGAUUGGGAUCGGUGGGCAUUGAUUGAGGCGGAUUUAGGCUUGGAUGAGUACGGAUUCAACGUAACUGCGGAGCAGCGGAAAGCUGCGCGCCGAUUCCUCGGCCUGGCCAGCUUGCUCGGUAAGAAGUCUAAGGUCGUUAAACACGUGACUAAUUUGGUCCAGAAAGCUUUUGGCUAUGGCGCGCUCACGAUCGGCGGGUUUCUGGGUCCCCGCGCGACGGUGACCAGCUUCGGCGAUUCCGGUCCGGGGAGUCUGCGCUCGCUGUGCGCGCGCCCGGGGCCUCUGUACAUCCGAUUUGCGCGCGACGGGGUUAUCCGAUUGAAGUCGAGAGUGGAGUGCGGCUCUCACAAGACGAUCGACGGGGCGGGGAGGAGGGUGAGGAUCACGGGAUGGGGCAUCCACGUGGUCAGGCAGAGCCACGUGAUCAUCAAGAACCUGUGCAUCGCCGGCGUCAAGGAGGACGCCAUCACCGUCCGAUCGAGCUCGAACGUGUGGAUCGACCGCGUGUCGGUAACCAAUGUCGGCGAUGGCGGCAUCGACGUCAUCUGGGGCUCUCGCGCAGUGACCAUCUCUCACUCCCACUUCUACGGCAUCUGGAAGACCUUGCUCUUGGGCAAUGGCAACAGCCCGAAGGCGGACAAAGCCAUGACAGUAACGGUUGCCUUCAACUGGUUCCAGGGCUGCUUGUCCCGCACGCCACGUGUCCGAACGGGAAAGGUCCACGUCUGCAACAACGUCUACGACAAGUGGGUUAAGUACGCAGUCGGUGCUUCCGAUGGAGCGAGCGUGCUAGUGGAGAACAACUUCUUCGUCAAAGGUGUUGAUCCCUUCGUGAACAACCUUCAUGAAGGCGAGCAUGAUGGCACCACGAUCUGUUAUAGAAGCAAUGUGAUGGAGGGCGCCAAGCUUCUUCGACAAGCUGUCGGCGUGGUGAGCGUGCCGUUUACCUGCCCAAGGCGGAGCGCCGCCUCGAUCCGAUCCAGCGCCGGAUGUGGUUUCCAGUGCGCUGCGUAGUAGAGGAAGUCUGCUGUUGUUAUUCAACGUGGAAAGACUGGCUCGUCGGGAUCAGUCAGUCGGGAUCAAUCAGUCGGGAUCAAUCAGUUGGGAUCAAUCAGAAGAGAGUUGAGAUUGAACAUCGGACUGCUGAAUGAAGAGAUUGGAUCAGG